AUGGGUUCGAUGGCAGAAUUGAAGCUCCCAGUCAUAGACUUCUCGAGCCCGCGGCUCAAGCCGGGCACAGCCGAGUGGACUGCCGUGAGAGACAAGGUGAAGCAAGCGCUGGAAACUUACGGCUGCUUCGAAGCCCGGUUCCAGAAGGUGCCCAUCGACCUGCAAAAGUCAACGCUUGGCUCGGUCCGGGAGCUCUUCGACUUGCCCUUGCAGACCAAGCUCCAGAACGUCUCGAGGAAGCCCUACCACGGCUAUGUCGGGCAGUACCCCAUGGUCCCGCUCUACGAGAGCAUGGGGAUCGACGACGCCGACGUGUACGAGAAGGUGGAUGGCCUUACCACUACCUUAUGGCCCGAGGGACAUCCGAAUUUUAGCAAAACCAUACAAUCAUUCUCGCAGAAGCUAUCGGAGUUGGAUAAGAUGGUAAGGAGGAUGAUCUUGGAGAGCCUCAGCGUCGAGAAAUACUUGGACGAACACAUGAACUCGACCAACUACCUUCUUCGUGUCAUGAAGUACGAAGGGCCUCAGACGACUGACACUAAGCUUGGCCUCAACUCUCACACGGACAAGAACAUCGUCACCAUCUUGUGCCAGAACGAAGUCGAGGGUCUCGAAGUCCAGACCAAAGACGGCGAGUGGUACAGCACUCAGCCCUCGCCGAAUUCUUACAUCGUCAUGAUAGGAGACUCGCUCUACGCGUGGGUAAACGGUAGAUUACACUCUCCGCAUCACCGAGUCAUGAUGAGCGGCAACAAGGCGAGGUACUCAGUCGGACUGUUCUCGAUCCCGAAGGGCGGGUACAUGAUAAAAGCACCCGACGAAUUGGUGGAUGAAGAGCACCCUUUGCUCUUUAAGCCCUUUGAUCAUGUGGAGUUCUUGGGGUUCUACUACACCGAAGCUGGACAAAGAGCUGAAUUUGCCCUCAAAACUUAUUGUGGUGUUUGAUGUUGGCCCACGUGAUUUUUGAAUAAACAAAUAAUGUAUGAAUGAGUGUAUG